CCUUCAGGCGGUGCUUCCUGCCGGCCCGCCGCUGCCGCAGGGUGCGCGGGUCCGAUCCGGAGCGCCAUGUCCCGUCGGGGCUGCGCUCAGCAGCAGAAGGCGGUGCAGGCCAUGGGGCCACGGGCUGCGGCAGGGCAGGCGGAGACCCAGCAGCUGCAGGAGCUGUGGAGCCGGACGGAGAGGGCAGAGCGGAGGCUGCUGGCCUGCGAGAACCUGGUCGGGGAGCUGCGCAGUAACCUGGCAGCCCUGGGCGGCCUCCUGCAGGACUAUGGGCAGCUCCAGCAGCGGCUCGACAAUGUGGAGAACCUCCUCAAGAACAGGAACUUCUGGAUCCUGCGGCUGCCCCCCGGUUCUCGGGGUGAGAUCCCCAAGGUGCCACUGACGUUCGAUGACAUUUCAGUGUACUUCAACGAGCAGGAGUGGGAGCGACUGGACUGCUGGCAGAAGGAUCUGUACAGGGCUGUGAUGAGGGGCAACUACGAGACACUGAUCUCCCUGGACUAUGCCGUGUCCAAGCCUGACAUCCUCUGCCGGAUCGAGAGAGGUGAAGAGCUCUGCACCAAAGACGGCCAGGAGUCCCCACAGACAUGUAUCAGAGAGGAUCAGGAGCCCCCACAGGCACCAGAGGAGGAUGACCAGGUGGAAGAGGCUUUGGAAGAAGAUGAAGUUCCCAUGGAAGCUAACAGAGAGAAUACUAUGUCCAAGCCUGACGUCCCCUCCCAUAUCGAGAGGAAUGAAGAGGUCCGUGCCAAAGAUGUCUCAAAGCUCCCACGUAGACGUGCCAAGGUGGGUGAUGAGCCCCCACAGACACGCAGUAAAGCCAGGCAGAAGGCUCCUCAGACAGGCAUUAUGGAUGGUCAGAAGCCCCAACAGACGCCAGAAGAGAUGAACCAGGUGAAGAAGGCUUUGGGAAAAGAUAAAGACCCCGUGGAAGGUAACAGAGCAGAACUCCCCAUCCUGGUGAUGGACGUCACGUCCCUGCCUGCCCAGAAAAAACAGCUGCGGAGUGGGAAACAGCCCGCACCGAAGACGCGAGAGAACCCGGCUGAGCCCAGCACCAAGGAAGGUUUAUUAACGGAAAAGGAACCGGCACGUGACAAAGCUGCUCCUAAAAACGUCAAGGUGAAGGAAGAGGAGCCUACAGUGUUACAAGGUGUUUCCGCAGCCUCUUCAAGCACGGCUUUCCCCAGCGGCCCCAGAAGCGAGCAGGGCAAGGCUAAGAGCAAGAAGAAGCCGAGCCGGUGCGCGAACAACAGCCUGCUGAUGGGCAACUGCCGGCGCGGGUAUGUGCGCGAGUGGUCGCACCCCUGCACCGAGUGUGGGAAGCGCUUCCGCCUGAAGAUCAACCUCAUCAUUCACCAGCGGAGCCACGCCAAAGAGGGGCCCUACGAGUGCGCCAUGUGCGAGAUCAGCUUCACGGACAAACGCCACCUCGACCUUCACCAGAGCAUCCACAUAAAAGACAGGGCCUUUGGGGCCAAGGUGUGGGGGAAUGUCCACCCCGAGCUGAGGAUCCGGCCCAGGGGGAAGUUCUGUGGGACUCUCUGCAGAGAUGCCCGCAGCCUGGCCAGCAGGACCUGUGCAGGGGGAGGGCCCUGGCUGGCCCAGCCUAAGGAGGAGGUGGACAGCCCGAGCCUGUCCAGCACGUAUUUCUCCCGGCAGCAGAGCCCUAAGACUCAGAAGAAGCCUGUAAUGAAAUGCAACCUUUGCAAAAGGAUCUUCUCUUGCACCUAUAACCUCCAUCGGCACCUGCAGACCCACACGCAGGAGAGGCCGCACUGCUGCUCCAUCUGCAAGAAGUGCUUCACCCGCAAAACCCACCUCUUGCGCCACGAGAAGAUACACGAGCGCCAGAAGGCUGUGGUGGUCCAGCAGAGCAGCGAGCCAGUGUCCCAGCAGCCCCAGCCACAAGAAGCCCCAGAGGUGCCCAUGAGCACGAGUGUUUCUCACUCGCUAGCUGAGGCAUCCGAGAGGAACGUGAGCCCUCCAGCCAAAGCUGUACCAGCAAACGUGCUCCCGCUCGGCCUGGCAGACCUCAGGCUGGACGUGAGCUCCCAUGGCUGGGCUGGGCAAGGCGUCCAGCCUGUGGUUAGGCUGGGGAACAGGGCAGUGGUUUCAAAGCUGAUGGAGAAAUAAUGAUGGGCAGAGCCAAACUGCUCGUGACCUUAGAGAGGAACGGCAUGAGCACUGAUAUUGCACAUGGUGAGACACUGGGAUUGUGAACCAUCUGUCCGUUGGAUUUUAGGAGCUUUCCUGAAUUGUAGAAGGAACCAUAAGCUUGGAAGCACCAUAAUCAGCAAAUUACAGAAGCCUCCAGUGAUCCAAACCCCUUUGCCAUUCCUUGGACUCUUGUGUCUACUGGCUUUUGCCCCAAGUUUUCCCAAGCAGACCUUUCUGGGGAAUCAUCAGCUACAUCUACUGCAGCCAGAGAGAGGAAUUGCAAACAGCAGCUGAUCACCCGUUACUUGAUGGUCCCUUGUGCGUGGAAACACAAUGACACGGUGAAGAGGACAGAGGGAAGGGAAUCAAGCCAGUGAACCAGGCAAGAUUCCCAAGGAAUGCUUCACUGAUAAAGUUCGUUGACCAGGACACUGGAUGGAGAGAGUGUGGCAUCUCCAAGACCCCACUGUAUACUGGCCAUACUUGGCUGAUACCCCACCCUGGUGACACAGUCUGCAUCGGAAGACCCAUAGAACAAAUCAAACCAUAACAUUUUCACCUGUGAGGGUGCUGCAGGUGAUUUCAGGGUCCCAGCAACACCCCUUCUGGCAACAGGGCCAGCCCACAGGAGCCUGUGAGUGUCAGUCCUCUCAGGACGAACCUGGACAGGUGCACUUCACAGGUAAGGUGACUCCUGCAGCACUACAGCACUCCACGCAAGGAACCCUCC